AUGUCCAAACACAGCUUUAUGGACACCAUUCUCAAUCGGCCCUCUCAGAGGUACACCGAACCCGACGCUGCCAAAUCUUCCAGCAAGGCGCGCUACAAGACGCCCAACGACUUGCCCAAUGCGCCUAACAAGCCCAAUUCUAUCUUGGCCGGCACCAUGUUCACAGGCGCAGGCCCUGACUCGCUCAACCACGCAGCUGCUGCCAGUUACAGUCGCGCUCCUUCGGUCAUGUCUGUCAAGAGCAACACCAGUCGCUUCAGCAUCUUUCGCAAAAAAACUCGCCAGCCUUCCAUCUCGGGCGGCAGCGCCUACUACGACGGAUCCAGCAGCAUUGCUCCCACAGAGCUUGCCGCCUCCCCGCGCAAGGGUCGAUGGUGGGAGAGCGGCACACGCAACACCUACUCUUCUCGCCCUCCUAGCGUUGCUGGAAGCUUCUUUUCCGAGCCCGAAGCAACAGCUCCACCAGGUUUCCCGCGUAUCUCUGACUCGCUCCAAGCCAACGCUCCUCCUCGUGGCGCACGAAGCGACUAUGGAGCAACCUCUUCCACCAGGAAACGCUACUCUUCCCGCUCUCUGCAGCCUCCGGUUCCGCCGCUGGUCCACACGGCCUCCAUGUCUUCCAUGAAGCGCCAGUCAGGCGUCAUGCCGCUCGGCCAGCAACAGCCCAACCUCAUGCGUCAGGCCUCUAGCAUUUCCUUGGCCCGAUCACCUAGCAACGCCACCCCUAAUGCCGAAUUGCAGCGUCCCAUCAGCCCGCCUGCUUCGAUAGGCAACAAAUCCAACCAGACUCGACACGCUCCCAAUGACUCUUCUGACUGGAAUUCGUUCGUCAAGUCCAUGUCCGGCACCGAAGUCGCCAAGAUGUGGGAGUCGAUGCCCACCAUGGCUCCCAAACCGCCUCGUGCAUCAGAGAAGCGUAGCAGUAUUGUCGCAAACCGCGUUAGAAAGGAGCUCGAGCAAGAUGCGCAAUUCCAGCAGAUACAGCGCGACCCUGGCCUCCUCCAGCAAGAUCUCUUGGCUCGUGCUGCGUCCCAGGUCAUUGGCGCCAUGCCCCCCACCCCCGUCUCACCCAUCUCCGAGCCUCAGAUGGCUCCUGUGCACUUGCAGCCUGGUCACGUCGUAGCACCCAUCUCGCCCAUCCAUUCGCCUAUCGCAUCCCACUCCUCCCUCCAACUCGUCCAGCAUCCACAAGCCAUGUUGCACCAGUACAGCGCUCCUGUUCCGGCAACGGCGCUAUACCAGUAUACCGAGGCGGUGUCGGCGCCUAUACCCCAACAAGUUGCUGUUGCUCCCCUUCCAGCCCAAGUUCCAGUGGCAUCGCCUGCCUUACCACCGACCUCGCAAAAUUCUUCGGCACAGAUUUAUGCUCCUGUUGCAAUGCCAGCUGCUAGCGCAACCACCCCGCCUCUGGCCUCACCUCAGCACGUCAAGGCUGUGCUACCGCCAUCAAUAGCUUCAGCUCCUCAGACUCUCGCUCAGUCAGCGUUCGAGACCUCAAUCACAUUCCUGCCACAGCCCACUCUAGCCCAUUCCCCUGCUGACCACGUCGAGCAACAAGAAUCCGGAGACGAGCAAGCACAGGCCCAAUCCGAACCUUCGGAUGAGUCGGAAGAUUCCGACGAUGCGUCCUCGGAGGAGCGCCUGGUCAGCGGUGGUCAGCCUGCCUUAGAUGUGGUCGCCGAAGAGGACGAGGAAGUCUCCAGCGCGGGUCACGACUAUCACCACGAGAUGCGCUCGCGCAGGCCCAACAAGGGCAACGGCCUCAGUCGCAACUACGACAACUACGAAGCUCGCUUGCACAGCCGACAAGUCUCUGCUCCAAGCCAACAAGACUAUUUUGGUGACGAGGAGGCUCCGCUGGUUGCUUCCGGUGUGCAGAUUCAUGUCACAGAGCCAUGCGACCAUGAGGUGCUGCCAAUGCCUAACACCGAGGUGGCCAAGCAGCAGGUCGAGACGCAGCACGAGGCAGGCAAUGCAGAGCCAGAGCCUUUCGCCCAAGAGGUGCCCAAACCAGCCACCGCCAGUUCCACAGCUGCGCCAGCACUAGCUUCGGCAGCACCGCGGCUGGUUGUCCCCGACAAACCGCCGCUCGUUUCCCGCACAUCAGAGUUCAGCGAUUAUCAGUCCGCUUCGAGUGGGCGAAGCACGCCUACCGCCAAGAGAAACGACGACGACGACGACCACAAAGACGGCGAUGCGGCCGUGGCAUCGACACAAAAUGCGGAGGUUGUAACCAAAGCUUCACGAGAAAGCAUGUCGACGGACGCUGCUUCCAUCGCACCGUCGCAACACCCAAGCGUCCGUACAACUCGAUCUGUCAGGCCUGGCACAGUUCAGCGACGUCUCAGCGAACUCAGUCUUGGAACUUCUUUCGCGGCAAGCGGCAUCCUGCGACGGCCAGAGUCGAGUCGGCGCAACACUGACGAUUCCGACUCUGACAAGAAUCUUUCUGACGACGAUGCUGACCUCAGAGCGCAAGCGCUUGCCGAACAGGACCGUCUUCGCAAGAUGAAUGUCGGUGAUGACUUUUUUGGUCCCUCGUUUUCCAGCAUCCUCGACAAGUUUGAUGACUUCAGCUCUACCGACUCUGCCGUCAGCAGGCUCAAACGCGACCCAGAGAGCCAGUCCGUAUCUGCAGAUCGCAAACACGAUGCUCCUCCUGCUGAAUCCACGGCACUAGGCAUCGAUGUCGAAGCGCAGAAGGUCAUCAAUGAGGUUCGACAGAACCGCGCUAAUGCUACCGUAUCAGAAAACAGGCGCAACAGUGCUGAAACUGCUGUUAUGGCCCCUAGCCUUGCUGCUGUGUGGCUUCUCAAUCAAGUACAGAACACGCAUGAUUCAUCCCCAGCUCGCGAAUUGUCGGACGAUGCAGUUGACGAGACCAUCACAGCCCCGAACGUGUGCAGCAGCAAUUUUGUCGAUGUUGGCUCUUCGCCUAGCGCAGCUGGCCCGCAAGAGCCCAAGGUCUCUGUUCUCAACCGGCCACGACCAAAGGCGACAAGGCCGCACGAGAUGGGCGGACUGUCCAUCUCCGAAGGCAAGCUCGAGGCUGAGAAGCCGAAGAGUCCAGUGGUAGUCGAAGAUACCCGCAGCACCUUGCCUGUCUCCAUCUCACGAUCUAGCAUUCAGAGCAGCGAAACCACUACGGAAUUCUUACAGAGCACAACGGUCACGCCGAACAAGUCGUCAACAGUCGUUGCUAGCAAGGACAAACCUGCUCCUAUCAAGUCCGCCUUGAAGCCAAAGCCUUCUCGUUCCCUUGCCGACACACUCUUUAGCAUGUCUUUUCGUUCUCCAGCCAAGGAGAAAAAGGAGAAAAAGAACAAGGACAAGAAGAAGGACAAGAAGGAUAAGACCAAACAUGGGCGCAAUACAUCGGUUGACUCGCUCGGUUCAGCAUCGAUCCAGAGCCAGCGUUCCUCCUCCAUGGGUUCCGACCCGGCGUCAGUCUCGGCUGCUCCGGCUGCUACGGCCGAAACAGCCGCAGCACCACUAUCUGCAAAGGCUUUGGGCAAACAGCGGAUGACCGAUGACGCCGAUACCGCAAACACCACAUCGAAGGCAGCGACAACACAGCAGCUAGAUAGCAUGGUGCCCUCCGAGACCGUCAACAAUUUUGCCACCCCCCUUCAAAGCAUGGCCAACCUGCAGACCGAUGCUGCUGCCGAGGUCUCUCCUGAAAAAUUCCACACGGCCCACGACCUCACCGCUCUGGCGGAUACAGCGGUCCCUGUCUAUCCGACCAAUGUCGAGAACGUACCGCCAAUGCCAAAUGGUAUCGUUUCUGCGAAUGCGCGUCCGGACCAUCAGCGACAGUUGUCCGAACAGAUGAAAUCUAUGGAAAGCUUUGGCUCGUUUACAUUGCCUCAGCUCGACCAGCACAAGGUAGCUGAUUCCAUUCUCAAGCGAACCGAGGAGGCUGUUGCCGCUGCUGAGACGGUCAGCAGUGCAGUCGAAGGUGAUGCGGCGGGCGGCCAUGUUGAUGCCACGGGCCAAGCUGGUUCAACCGACUCAGCGCUCGCACUGUCUCUGCCGCAGAAUGCAGGCGUGGAUGGCGUGAGCAUCGGCAAUAGCACUGGCACCAGCUCUGCACCAACCAUGUCUGAAGCUAGCGUCGCAAGCACCGCCCUCACAUCGCCUGAAGUCGAAAGGGCUUCCAAGGCGCCCGAGGUAGACCAAGCCGCCGCGACAAAGGCGACAAUGUCACAGCCAACUUCGGAUGAGGCACCUUCACGCGUCGACUUGGCCGAGAAGAAGCUGCCUAUUCCUCCUCCGCCUGGCCCUGAGGAGGUCAUGGCUUCCACUCACGAGGACCGAACUCCUACUGGCAAACCGCGGGCUGUGUCAGGUGUAGGCAUCAACCUCAUCCCUCCCACGCCGCCCGCCCUCGAGUCGCGCAGGUCGUUUACAUCAUCACAAGUGCCUGGUACGCCAAGUAUUGCCGAAAACGAAGAGACUGCCACCACUCAUCAGCGUCCACCUCUCCUAUCGAGAUCGUCGAGUCAGCGCACGGCGGUUCGCGGGGACACACAGCCAGCUGGCCCCAGCGAGAGCCUCUCGCGUUCCAAGUCGAUGGCACCGGCCAAGAAAGGAAUGUGGACAGAGUAUAAGGGCAAAGGUCUCAGCCUGCCACCCGGUCUUGUUGCGACCACCAUCGACUCGUCCGCACUGCGCCGAAUGAGCACGCAGGACAAGAGAACUUCACUUCAGCCUGCUUCUAUGCCAAGCUAUGCAGCUGCGCCUGCUCUGCCUGUAGCUCCUAUCGUUAACCAGAAUGUCGCCACUGCGCCGCUGCCGUUAAUCGAGUCUCCGUCCCGACCAGUGCGCUCGAUCGGCUCACAGAGCCCCAGGUCAAAGCGCUCGAUCGGCUCGCUGGGUGGCUCGCCUCAAUCCGCGUCGGUAAAUAGAUCUGGGUCCCUCGCCACUUCUCCAUCCAUGAACAGGAUCAUGGCUGACGCUCCUCCGGUACCGCAGAUCCCUGCUGGCUAUCAGACAGCCGGAUCGGUCUCGAGCUCAUCGUCUCGUCUCUAUACCUACAGUGUCGCCUCGUCAGAGCAGGGCUGGGACAGCCGCUCUGCCUCGCCGGCACCAAGCGCUGUGCCUAGCCAGUCUGCUCGCUCCAUCGGUUCGCACGUGUCGUCGAGCGUCCACUCUGUGUCGCACCGCAGCAGUCCUAAACCUGAAUAUUCGUACGUCAAUCACCACGAGCUGUCGCCGUACGCCAAGAAGAUGCGCUCAUUGUCUCCGAGCCCAGCUGUGCCGACGCUGUCCCAGACAGGCAACCGACACUCACUCAUGUCGGCGAUCAACGAAUGGGAAAGUCAGGUUCCCGAGACAGAGGCAUCAGCUGCCGGUUUGUCGCCUUAUCCAUCACGACCGACGUCGCCGUCACCUCCGCCGUCAUCUUCGCUGUAUCCACCACUGCCUGCCUCGACCGUUUCGCGAGCGAGCUCGGUGAUCAGCUCGAUGAGCUCGCCAGCGGUGGUGCGCAAUGCGCCUCUGGGAGCUGCGACGAACCAGUACCUGUCGCCACCGGCGGCUCGGCCUCGGAUAUCGUCGGACGAGUUGGCACCGGCAAGCGAGUCGCCGAUCGAUUCGCUCAGUGCUCCAUUGGUGGUGGGUCGACCUUCGGGGACGUCGUCGGUGAGCAGCUCAUCACCGUCGGCUUCGCAGUCGGCAUUGAGCCUGCCGAGCACCGUCCAGACUUCGAUGCCCACGGUUCCUACCAGCUACCGUCCCAACAAAGAUCCGAAACGGUUCAGCACAAACGCAGAUGGUCUGCUGAAUAACCGGACCACUAUGCAAACAGUGGCGGUGACGAGCGGUGCUUUCACGUCUCGAAGCAAGUCGGUGGUGAGGCGCAAGAAGAGCGUUGAUCUCAACGGCUCGCCGGACAUGCCGGAGCAUCUGCUUGACGAGCUAUCGCAGACCACGCUCUCAAUCACAGCUCACACGCCUCCGCCGCGUAAGAUCGGGUCGCAACAGGUGCUGGUACAGGUGAUUGCCGUAGCGAUCGAUGAGAUGGACAAGCUGCUGUUGCGCGAGAAAGUGCGAGCAGAGAAUGGGUUUGGCUACGUACCUGGACGCAGCUUCUGCGGGCGCAUCGUAGAGUGCGGCUACGAGGUCAAGAAGAUGCGCAAGGGAGAUGUAGUGUUUGGCUUGCAGGACAGUCGCAAAUGUGGCGCACUGUCUGAGUUCAUGGUGGUGGACCACAACCGGAUUUGCCAAGCUCCGAGCGAUUGUUUGACGACCGAGCAGAUCGCAGCGUUGCCGUCGGCGGGGGUGAUGGCGCAUCAGUUGGUUCAGAAUCACUGCAGUCAGCUGCAGCGGGGCGCGAGGGUGUUGAUGCUCAACGCGCACGAUGGAGUUGGAUUGCUGACAAUGCAGGCGUCGGUAGGCUUGGGCUUGGUGAUGGUCGCGCAGUGUCCACCGUCGAUCGCGGACGGUGUGGCAGUGUGUCAGGCUAACGGCGCUCACGAGGUGGUAAUCGGUGAACCACUCUGGGCGAUCAAUUCGCUGCACGAAUCGUCGUUCGAUCUGAUCAUAGACACGGUGGGCGGCAGAAAGAUCUACGAUGCCUCGAGAAGGAUCUUGGGCACCGACGGUCAGUUUUGCACCUGCUUCGGUGAUGAACACGGCACGGCGAACCCUAACCUGAAAUCGCACCUGAGGAGCUUGAGGAGAGCGUUUUUCAAGAAGGACAAGAAAAAUAUCGGGUACGAGUGGGUCGGCGUGGAUACCGCAGAGGAUUGCAGAGAGGCGCUCGAGGCGGUCAAGAUCGCUGCCGAACAGGGCGCAGUCUGUCCCAGGUUGAGAAGCGUCUUACCCUUCUCCGAUGCCGGAAGGGCGUUUGACGUCGAUAGGAGGAACGCGGAUGAUGAGCCUGGUGCGAUCGUCGUUAGGGUCUCGUAG